AUGUCAAUGAUCCUUGGUAUCUUUGCUUGGGGAUGGUCGUGUUGUCAUUAUACAGUUCUCAAACUUACCACACAUUUUGCUCGUUCUAGUCCUUGGGGUAUCUUAUAUAACGCAGGUGGUGCGUUUGUCCUCGGAUCAGUUUGCAGUGCUUUGUGGCAUUCUAUCAAAGGCGCAUAUGGCUCCGUCAAAGGUCAGCGAUUGGCAGGUGCUGUUUCAGCAGCCAAUGCAAGAGCACCUAUAACAGGAGGGCAGUUUGCAGCGUGGGCUGCACUUUUGAGAACGUUUGAAUGUGGUAUAGAAGGCAUUCGUCAAAAACAAGAUCCAUGGAACCUUGCAAUCUCUGCUGCAAUCACGCAUGGUGCUCUUGCUGCACGUGGUGGCAUCAUUGCCGCCACCAAAGCAACCCUUUAUGGCGGCGCGAUAUUUACAUUGAUACCAGCUGUAGAAUACCUCACCUCACGAUAUGCAAGUUACCAUAACAAGCCGACCGAACCACAAAAAUUACCACUACAAACAUCCAUCCCAAUCAUCAUGUCUCAGGAUUUAGAUUGA